GUCAUUGACAUGUGGUGUGUCUUUGAAUAUGAAUGAAGGUCAAAAUUCAUUAACAGCAAAUACUUGCGAUUCUCAUACAUUUUGUUUGCAGAACAAAGAAUCUAUGUUUUCGGUUGAAGCAAAUCAGUCAGUGUCAGGCAUAGAAAAUAUAGAAGUUGACAUAUUGAAGAGUGAUACUUUUGCAGAGGAAGCUAGUAUUUCUCAAAACAAUGAGAGUUCUACUGGUGAAAUGCAGCUUGAGCUAGAUGAGAAGUAUGUCACAGAUGAUGUAACAAUGUCAUUAACUGGAAGCGUCUUUCAAGAUGUAAAUGCUGAUUCAAUGAAGAUUGAUAUUUUGCCAGAAGAAGUUAGUAUAGUUCAAAGUGAUGGCAGAGCUAUUGUUGAAAUGCAGCAUGAGUCAGAAGUUGCAACGAUGUCAUUAACUGGGAGUGUCUUACCGGAAGUAAAUGUUAAUUCAAUGACGAGUGAUGUUUCACCUAAGGAAGCUGAAACCAUCAUUUCUCAAAAGAACAGCAGUCCUAAUAAUGAAAUCCACCAUGAGUUGGAUGAUGUCAUAAAAGAUAAGGAUACAACAAAACUUCUUAAUAAAUCUGGGAAUGAUAAGAAGCAAGACAAUCUAGUGAUAAAACCUCCUCCACAUGCUAUUCCAUUUUCUGAUGAGUGGUUAGCUGCAUUUGAAGCUGCUGGAGAGGAAAUUCUAACCAUGAAAAGAGGUGCUGUGCAACAUUCACCCCCAGACAAGACUCAAAAUGAACCUGGUCCGUGGUCGCCGGUGAAGCGAAAGAACAAUCAAGGAAUUGGCCCAUAUGACUGUACAAAAUUUACCAACAACAUCCCUCCAUCCAGUUCCUAAUUAAUCAGACUUGGGUUUGCUAAUGCCUAAUCAUUCUUUUGUCACUAACAUCGUGAGUGAUUUUGAACCACGCCAUAUUCUG